AUGGGCUUAAUAUUCGACAAAUCUCUCAUAGUUUUUCUGUUAUAUUUUCUGAUAGAGCUGCAAGUGGCUACUUGCUGUUUUCCCUGUGACGAAGUCUUUAGUUUAAAAGAUUCGAGGAGACGGAAGAUAGGUUCAGACUUCGAUUAUCUCAUGUUAACUCGGAUUUAUCCUGUAGCUGUAUGUCAGGCUGAUGAUGAUGCUGUUGCGGACUCCUGCGAAAUACCUGUUCAUACUCCCAGUUGGACGGUUCAUGGAUUAUGGCCCAACUUCCAAAACGGUUCAUAUCCACAGUUUUGUCAUGGUAGUCCUCCAACAUUCGACAUUAAUCUCGUUGAUCCUAUUCUUCACGAGCUAUCAACCAAUUGGCCAAAUCUGUUGACGCAUCAUUCUGUUGAAUCUUUGUGGAAACAUGAAUAUGAUAAACAUGGAACGUGUAGCCAAAGUGAUAGCAAAUUAGAAACAGAGUUAAAAUACUUCAAUGCAACUUUAGCUUUGAACGAAUUGUAUGACGUGGAUCAUGCACUUCACUUAGCAGACAUUCAACCAUCGCUUUAUCCAUAUAGAAAAACCGCUAUUCAAGAGGCUCUGAAUAAAUACCUCGGAAAGGGAAAACAUGUUCAGUUCAAUUGUCUCAAAGAUAGGAAGUCUGGAAAAACCAUGUUGGGGGAUGUGAGAAUGUGCAUAGACAAAGACUUUGCGAUUGUUGAUUGUCCAAAAGAGUAUAGUCCAAGAUCCAUUAGUAGAGGAGCUCCACUGCCAGCAUUCCACAAAUGUCCGGAAGACAUAACCUAUCUGUUGCCUCAAAAAACUCAUUUGAAAUCAGUAGACCAGAGGAGAAGGAAGAUUGUGAAUAUCUUGUAUUAUUUUAGUCCAUUCUUAUUCGUCGGAGCGCAUCCGUUUUCCUUCCGCCAAAGUAUUCCUGCUACGCUUUUGCUUAUGACCGUGGCCAUAUGUUUGUGCAUAUUCUAUAUGAUUAUAAAUCCCCUGUACUUCGAUAAGUGUAUUCCCGAAGAUGAUGAUGAAGAAACUGAGGAAGCUUCUAAUGGCGAAGCAGUUUUCGUUUGA